GUCAUGGAUGCACUGGUAGAAGAUGAUAUCUGCAUUCUGAAUCAUGAAAAAGCCCAUAGGAGAGAUACAGUGACUCCAGUCUCAAUAUAUUCAGGAGAUGAAUCUGUUGCUUCACAUUUUGUCCUUGUCACUGCAUAUGAAGACAUCAAAAAACGACUUAAGGAUUCAGAGAAAGAGAGCUCUUUCUUAAAAAAAAGAAUAAGAGUUUUGGAAGAAAAGCUUAUAGGAGCUCGAAAGGAUGAAGAAACAAGUUCUGUGGGACGAGAACAAGUGAAUAAGGCCUAUCAUGCAUAUCGAGAGGUUUGCAUUGACAGAGAUAAUUUGAAGAGCAAAUUGGAUAAAAUGAAUAAAGACAUCUCUGAAUCUUUGAAAGUAUUGAAUGAACAACUACAAUCUAAAGAAGUAGAACUCCUCCAGCUGAGGACAGAGGUGGAAACUCAGCAGGUGAUAAGAAAUUUAAAUCCACUGUCAUCCAACUGGGAGGUGGAAAAGUUGAGCUGUGACCUGAAGAUCCAUGGUUUGGAACAAGAACUGGAACUGAUGAGGAAAGAAUGUAGAGAUCUAAAAAUAGAGCUACAAAAAGCCAAACAAACAUAUCCAUCUCAGGAAGACAAUCUGAAGAGCAGAGAUCUCCAAAGACUAAGCAUUUCAAGUGAUAAUAUGCAAAGUGCAUACCGGGAACUGAAGAGAGAAAUGUCUAAUUUACAUCUGGUGACUCAAGUACAAGCUGAACUGCUAAGAAAGCUGAAAACCCCAACUGCAAUCAAGAAAGCUUGCGCCCCAGCAGGAUGCAUGGAAGACCUUGGGAAAGACAGCACAAAACUGCACUUGACGAAUUUUACUGCAACGUACAAAAGACAGGCCCCUCUCUCACCAAACGGCAAAACUCUUUGUCAUGCCACAUCUUCCCCUUUACCAGGAGAUGCAAAGGUUUUAUCAGAGAAAGCAGCUCUCCAGUCAUGGACGGAUCAUGAGCGAUCCAUUCCUCACGAUGGCACAAACUUUCAGGAACACAAUUAUUAUGGCAGAAAUUCUCUGGAAGAUAAUUCUUGGGUAUUCCCAAGCCCUCCUAAAUCAAGUGAGACAACAUUUGGGGAAACUAAAAAUAAACCUUUGCCUUUACCCAACCUGCCACCACUGCAUUACUUGGAUCAACAUAAUCAAAACUGCCAUUAUAUUAAUUAUGAAGAGAUUUAUGAUGUUCUCACGAGGUUGCUGUAUCUCCCUCAGUGGUUUUCCUGGGAAAUCAUUAACAAACUGAAAGCAGAUUUUGAUUAAACUUUUGCAG